GGGGGAAGCCAGGGUAUGGUCUUGGUGGGAAUCGCUGGAUGUGAGACCAGCAUUACCUAUAAAAUGCCAAGAAACCAUCUGCUGUGUUAGUGGUGGAACACCGAAUUUGAGCAGAGCCCUGGCCAGUCCGAGUCACCAACGUCCCCGCCGUCCCUCCUGGGAACUGCUGCACCGCGCAAUCGCGUGGCCACCACCACGAGGUGCAGCUGAGCUGAAGGUGCAGGGCGCAAGGCGAGUCUUCUGCGCCUCAAAACAGAACCAACUCAUCAGGGAGGAAACCCGAGAAAAAACCCGAGCACGCCCACAGGCUCCAAGGUGGCAGCCCCACCAGUGGGCUAGGGUAUAGUGGGCUAAUCACUCGCUUACCUAAAACCAAAAGAUUAAAGAAACUGAAACAGUGCAAAACCGGACCGAUCAAACUACGACGACCUUUGGCAUGAAAAUACGGACACGAAUUGCUUGUUGGAACGUGCGAACACUGAGCGAAGAUAGCCGACUAGCCCAAGCAGAAACAGAAAUGUUGCGAUACAAACUGCAGAUACUCGGUCUCAGCGAAGUGCGCAGAAACGGAUUCGGUGAACUGAGAACGUCCAGGGGCCUUACAUUUCUUUACUCCGGGAAGGAAGAUGAAGAGGACGUACGUGAAAACGGCGUGGGAUUCCUCCUUUCUGACGCUGCAAAGAAGAGCCUACUGGACUGGAAACCCAUCUCAGAGAGAAUCAUCACAGCCCGGUUUAACAGCAAAGCCCGCAAGAUAACCGUCGUUCAGUGCUAUGCGCCUACAAACCCGGCAUCAGAGGAAGACAAAGACGAUUUCUAUAGUGCACUCAACCUGACCUAAAACAUCCGCAAACAGGACAUAGUAAUCGUCAUGGGAGACCUGAAUGCCAAGGUUGGCACAGACAACGACGGCUGUCAAAGACACAUGGGUACACACGGGAUGGGAGUACGGAACGGGAACGGGGAGAGAUUCCUGGAGUUCUGCCAGGACAACGACCUGACCAUCGGAGGCACGCUUUUUAUACAUGGAGACCACCAUAAGUAUACAUGGAACUCACCCGAUGGAAUCACUAAGAACCAAAUCGACCACCUUGCCAUCAGCUCCAAAUGGCGCUCAUCACUGCUCGACGUCCGCAACCGUCGUGGCGCGGAUAUCGACAGCGACCACCAUCUAGUCGUAGCCGAGGUGCGGCUCAAAGUAGUGGUAGCUCGUGCUGCCAGCUCGACGUCCAGGGUAGGAAAAAGAUUUGAGGUCAACAAGCUGCGGGACCCAGACAUAACCGAAGCCUUUCGGUUAGAGCUGCGAAAUCGCUUCUCCGUUCUCGAACCAGACUCCACUACUUCUGUCAACGCGGAGUGGAACCACAUCAAAAUGGCCUAUACAGAGACCAGCUCCGUCGUUCUUGGACACAAAACAUACGCUCGUGAGGACUGGAUGUCACAACGAACCUGGAACCUCAUUGAAGAAAGGCGCCAGCUCCACCUUCAACUUCUGACAACCAGCGACGUAGCAGUGCGCCAAGACCUGAAGCUGCAAUACUCCCUGAUAUGCAGGAAAAUCUACCGCAGUACUCGUCAUGACCGACGAGUAUGGGCUGACUCUAUUGCGGAUUGUGCACAACGCGCUGCUAACUCCGGCAAUCUCAGGGAGAUGUACAAGGCGACGAAGACCUUGGCCGGGAAUCGGAACCAGAGGAAGAAGAAGCCCUUAAAAGAUAAAGGAGGCCAGCUGAUUGUGACAUCGGAGGGACAGCUUCAACGCUGGCGGGAGCACUUCGAGGAAAUCUUCCGAGUCCCAAGUGACCCCGUAACCACGGCCGUACCUGCUGCCAGCUUGCCCACAUCAAACCUGGAUAUCGAUGUGUCUCCUCCUACAGGGGAGGAGGUAAUGAAGGCUAUCCGUAGGCUAAAAAAUGGGAAAGCCCCAGGAGUCGACCUCAUCACAGCGGAAAUGCUCAAAGCCGACAUUACCACCGCAGCAAACGCACUGACUCCUUUGCAGAACAUCUGGUCAGCCGAGGAGUUACCUGAUGACUGGAACAAAGGCCUUCUCAUCACCGUACCCAAGAAAGGAGACCUCAGUGAAUGUGGCAAUUGGAGAGGCAUCACUUUGCUCUCGACUCCUUCCAAGGUGCUCUGCCAGAUCAUCCUGGACAGGCUGUGGGCCGUCGAGCCUCUUCUGCGUAAAGAGCAGGCUGGCUUCCGUCCCAACCGAUCGUGCACGGACCAGAUCAACACCUUGCGCAUAAUCCUCGAACAGGCAUCAGAAUGGCAGAGGGACAUGUACUUGACCUUUGUGGACUUCGAAACCUUCGACACGCUGCGAUGGAAUUGCAUCUGGGACCGGCUUCGUGAAAUUGGAGUCCCCGAGAAGAUCACGACCAUAAUUAAGGCCAUCUACGGGAAAUAUUCUUGUAGGGUAACUCACGACGGCCUCGUCUCGGAGGACAUACCGGUUCAAGCGGGUGUACCAGGGUGUCUCCUUUCGCCUCUCCUCUUCCUUGUUGUCCUUGAUGGCAUCAUGCACCAUACCACCAAGAACAAGCGCCGCGGCAUAGAGUGGGGACUAUCCAACGUCUUAGAAGAUUUGGACUAUGCCGACGACCUAUGUCUAUUGAGCCACACGCGAACCGACAUGCAAGCCAAACUGGACGACCUGCAACGAGAGGCCAUGGAGACGGGAUUAAAAAUUAACACCCGGAAGACCCAGGAAAUGAGGUGCGGAGUGACGUGCUCAUUACCGUUGCUUAUCGGCACAGAGGGAGUGGAGAGGGUCCACAAGUUCACCUACCUCGGGAGUGUUGUGUCGGAAACAGGAGGGACCGAGGAGGACAUCACGUCGAGGAUCGCCAAAGGGAGAGCAACCUUCGCACAGCUCCGUCCUGUGUGGCAAUCACGGAAGUUGACCAGGAGAGUUAAGCUCAAAAUAUUCCGGUCCAAUGUCAAAACCGUAUUGCUGUACGGAUGCGAAACAUGGAAGGCCACAAAAGACAUCUCGCGUAAGCUCCAGGUCUUCGUCAAUCGCUGCCUUCGUCGUAUUCUCGGUAUAUACUGGCCCGAGAAAAUCUCCAACAUAGAACUGUGGGAACGCUGCGGGGAGACACCGAUCGACCAGCAGAUCAAACGCCGCAAGUGGAACUGGAUCGGCCACACGCUCCGAAGGGACCCCGAUCACAUCCCGAGGCAAGCCCUAGACUGGAAUCCCCAAGGGAAGCGGAAACGUGGCCGCCCUAAACAAUCCUGGCGGCGGACGAUCAUUGCAGAGGCGGCGGCUAUAGGCAGAACGUGGAGCGAAAUAAAGCGCGAAGCUCAAGACCGAACGCGAUGGCGGAGCACUGUGGAUGCCCUCUGCCCCAUCUAGGGGACAUAGGACUCUAAGUCAA